AUGAACAGCCCCAUGCCCGCCGACCAGCCAGCCCCGCCGCGCCCGAGCAGCCUCGCCGACCAGCCGGCGAGCAGCAGCAGUCCGCCGGAGCCGGCCUCCGCCGCCGAGCAGUACGCGCGGCUGCGAGGGGUGGCCAUCGGACUGCUCGACCAGGCGCUGGAGCUGCUCCGGACGGCCGUCGACUCGGACGCCCUGCUCACGGCGGUCUCCGAGCUGGUGCCCGGAAGCACGCGCAACGUGCCCAUGGAAAGUGCCACCGUCCUCGCCGAGUUCGACCGCCUCAAGCAGAUCCUUACGACCUUCAACCGCGAACUGUGGUUCGCCUGCCUCCACGCCACCCAUCAUUACGCGCUCAUCCGGGUCAUCGUCACCGGCGAGCUGCGGCGCCAGCUGCCCAAGGAGUUCGGCGUCGCCCCGAGCACCCUCGAGCGCUCCAAGAUGUAG